AUGGCUACAAAUAAUGAAACAAUUAAAUUAAUUAUUCGUACAGCGAAUAGUAAAUCAGAAGAUUUUGAUCUUGAACUUUCAUCAUUAUCGACUAUAUAUGAUCUAAAACAACAAAUUACAUUGAAUCAUCCAACUAAACCAAUACCUAAAGAUCAACGCUUAAUUUUUUCUGGUAAACUUCUCGAUGAUACAAGUUUACUUAGUCAAAUAUUUAUUAAAUCAUCAUCAGGAUCAUCAUUUAUGAUUCAUCUUGUUCUCGAUGCUGACAAAACUGCAACAACACCAAAAGUACCUCAAUCAAAACCAACGACAACAACAGUACCAUUAACACCUACUGUUACUGAAGUACCUAUACCACAAGAAAGACCAAUUUCUUCUACACAUUCAGCAACUUAUGAUCAGUAUUUAGAUGAAUUAAAUAAAUAUCAGCAACAACUUCAACAAUAUUUAAUAAAUCCAAAUGGAUGUUUACCAGUAUCUAAUUAUAAUACUCAAGCUUAUUUAGAAUAUUGUUAUACACAUUAUCAAAUGUAUCAAAAUUUACAUGCUUAUCAAAGAACAGUUGUGACUCCACCAACAAUAGUUACCAAUACAAUGCAACAACCGGCUAGUACUACAACUACUACUGUUCCUCCACCGGCGGCAGCAGCGGCGGCAGCAGCACCACAGCCAGCAGCAGCCGGAAAUAAUAAUAAUGAAUUAGAACCAGAGAAUGACUUGUUGGGAAUAUUAAAUAUGUUAGUGGAAUUAUUUGUUCUAUGCUCGAUUAUCUAUUUUUACUCAACAUUCAGUCGAUUUUUGGUUGUUUUUGUUAUUUUUGCUCUUCUCUAUUUACAUUGUCGUGGUUAUUUAUCUAUUCAGAGAAGACGUCGUGUUCAAGUGCAACCAAUACCUGUGGUACCUGAGCAACCUGCUGAAAAUAAUGAAGAGCACGUCGGUGAAGAUGAAGCGGAAGGUGAACAAGCAGGAAAUGAAGCUCAAAACCAGAAUGAUAUUCAACGUCCACGUCAGACUCCAUCUCCACCGGCGCCUAUUGUCGAGAAUCAAAUAACCACAGCGCGUCUGUUAUUUACAGCAGUAUCGACAUUUUUCUCGUCAUUAAUUCCUGAACGACCACAACGUGCUUGA